AUCCACCCCCCCCACCCGUCUCUCUCUUUCACUCACUCACUCCAAUGUGAGACUUCACUAUCAAGUGUGGGAGGCAUAAGUGUGAGCGUGUGUGUGUGUGUGUGGAAUUCAAGCAGGACUUUCAGAUCACUCGCGACGAGCGAGCCAAGCAAAGGUAUCAUGGGAGCUUUAAUGGUCAUCUUCUCUCUUCAGCCCAAACAAAGACGCAAGCCCACAGACAGCAUCGAAGACGAGCUGGAACUGUCGACCGUGCGUCACCGCCCCGAAGGUCUCGGACAGCUGGAAGCGCAGACGCGCUUCUCCCGCAAGGAACUGCAGAUCCUCUACCGUGGCUUUAAGAACGAAUGUCCAAGCGGCGUCGUCAACGAGGAAACGUUCAAAGACAUUUACGCCCAGUUCUUCCCUCAAGGAGAUGCGUCCAUGUACGCUCACUUCCUGUUCAACGCCUUUGACACGGAUCACAACGGCUCGGUGAGCUUUGAAGAUUUUGUCAUGGGUCUUUCCAUUUUAUUGCGGGGCACCAUUCAAGAGAAACUCAAUUGGGCUUUCAACCUCUAUGACAUCAACAAAGAUGGUUACAUCACCAAAGAGGAGAUGCUCGACAUCAUGAAGGCCAUCUACGACAUGAUGGGCAAAUGCACGUACCCCGUGCUCAAAGAGGAGACGCCACGCCAGCAUGUAGAUGUGUUCUUUCAGAAAAUGGAUAAGAACAAAGACGGCGUGGUGACCAUCGACGAGUUCAUCGACUGCUGCCAAAAUGAUGAAAACAUCAUGCACUCCAUGCACCUCUUUGAGAACGUCCUUUAACUCGACGUCUCGAGGGAGUGUGUGUGCGUGUGCAUGUGUGUGCGUGCAUGUGUGCGUGGAAAAUGCAGACCUCCACCCAUCACGUGUUGUUCCUGGCUGGGAACAUUCUGGAAAAGUUGACUUUUAUCGUUUAUCCAUUCUUUUCCCGCCAGGCGAUAUCACUGUGACCUUUAUGUUCCUGUCGUUAUAUUUCCAGUCUUCUUUAUGACCGGUGUAUUGUUUUUAAUUCUGUAUAACAGUGGUUGUUAAAGGGAAAGUCUACCCCAAAAAUGUCUGUCUAAUAAUAUGUUCUAUGUGCCGCCACUUGUCUAAACUCUGAGGAAUAUGACUUCUAUCCAUCUUGGAGGGCGGCCAUUUUGCCGUUUCUUGUCAAAUGACAUCAACGUUGCCUUCUCAGCUCACAACCAAUCACGACUCGGCUUCAGAAAACUGGUGAGUUGUGAUUGGUUGUGACCUGGAAACUGUGAUGUCAUUUUCAGUCAAUAACAAAUGGCAAAAUGGCCGACCCUUGAGAUGGCUAAACGCAGGUGAGUUUUGGCUAUUUCAUUCAUUUUCCACAAACCAAAAUUUAAUCAGAACACCGUUUCAAUUAGUUGGAAUGCACAAAACAGACUCAAAGAAAAUUUGGGGGUUGACUUCCCUUUUAAACUUUUUACACCAAGUAGCACUUCAAAAACUACUUGGCUCUCAAAGUACCAACAUCAUGACCGACAUUCACACACAGUAACUUAAAUUUAUGGAGGAAAUUAUAAUUGUUUUGAUUAAAAUAUAUUUAAAAGUUAGUACAACUCAACUGUACUUGACAAAUGCAUUCGUGUGCCACUUUUGAGAAUCAACAAUAUAUAAAAGAAGUUAAAGUUAAAUAUAUGUAUACAGCAAAGAUAAAGAUUGAUGGAAGAAGACCAGGAUUGGACUGAAAGGAUUAGUCCACAUAGCACACCAAUAGUUUAUAUUAAAUCUAUGUAGAGAACAUUAGACGGCAAUAACACUCCAAGUGGACCUCUUUGUUUUCAUUUUCUAGCGUUUUUUUUUUUUUUUUUACAUUACGCUCAUUGUACAGUGCGGUUUUAAGAGACAAAUGUGAAUUGUAGUUUUAAAAGCGAUGUAUGUUUGUUUCAUUUGACUUCCUUAAAAUGACUCAAUGUUGUACAGUUUAUCUUUGACAAAGGUGUGGUUGUAUUUAUUUUAUCUGUUAGUUAGGUAAGGAAAUCCUGACAUGUCACUUCAAAAGUUAUCAUGAUGCAUUUCUACAUUUGUGUAAAUAUACCACAAGGUGAAAAUAAACUGAUGAACUUCUGCUUCUUCAAUUUGCCUUCAUACACAAAAUGCUGACUGUUCUGUAUGUUUUUUCUGUGCUCUGCUGCCCCCUAGCGGCAUCAAGGUGAAGACACAAGCGCGUUCUCAAGUAUGUAUUUUUUAAUCCAUACUUUGUAUUAAUGUUUUAUAUUUUUCAAAACACUCCAAUGACCUGAGAAUAUGUUUUAAUACAAACCAUAUGGGCUGUCAAAUUUUAACUAAAAAGCUGAUGGUCAAAGUUGCAUUUAUCUUGCACAAAAAAAAAAGACAAUUGAAGGCAGCACAAAGGACAAUAUUGAAUUAGGAAUGUUGACG